AUGGCGGAGGCAAGACAAGGGAUCGACAAGCUUCGCCUGAGAAUUCUGCGUUUACAGAGGCAAGCCGAACCGAGCCCGACGGGAAACGAUGUUGAUCGGUCAUACUCGGAAUGGAUACGUGUCGAGAGUGUGCGUCGUACCAUUCUUGUUUCCACAUUUGCAGAGUCAAUCUUCCUUGCCGCAACAGAGGGUGUGUGCACAACGGUCGGAUUUAUGGCGCUGCUGCCAAUUACUGUCUCGGGAGCGCUGUGGGCGGCUAAAGAUGAACAAGCGUGGCGAGAAGCUCGCACGACGACUGGCUUAGAGGUGAUGCAGUAUGGGGAUGCUGUCGAGUUAUGGAGGCGCAGAGGAUCUGACGACAUGCUGGAAGAGCUACAACAGAUCCUCGUUGCUGCAUGUAUGGCCGCUGUGACGAGGUAG